GAGAUCGAGAAAGAGAGAGGGGAGGUGAGAGGGUAAACGCUCGCCCGCCGAGGCGAUCGAUCGAUCGAUAGAUAUAUAUAUAGAGAGAAAGAGGAGAGGGUUAAAAGGAGGAGGGGGAGAGACAGAGAGAGAUGAGGGAAUGAGGAGAAGCGCCAAUGAUUGAUGGAGUCGACCAGUAGUUCCUGCGGUGGCGGUGAAAGAAGCGGCGGAGGGCGAAGGAAGGGGCGGAUGUGGGAGUUCCAGCGCGACGUGGUGGCGGGGGCGGUGAUGGGCGGGAUGGUGCACACCGUGGUGGCCCCGAUCGAGCGGGCGAAGCUGCUGCUCCAGACCCAGGAGAGCAACGCCGCCCUCCUCGGCCGCGGUCGCCGCUUCCGGGGCAUGAUCGACUGCAUCGCCCGCACCGUCCGCGAGGAGGGCGUCCUCUCCCUCUGGCGCGGGAACGGCACCAGCGUCCUCCGUUACUACCCCUCCGUUGCCCUCAACUUCUCCCUCAAGGAUCUUUACAGAACCAUGUUGAAGAGAGGAGAGGCGGAUCAGUUCAUGUCUAUUGCAGCUUCCAAUUUCAUGGCAGGGGCUGCAGCAGGCUGCACAACAUUAGUUAUUAUCUAUCCACUGGAUAUAGCACACACGCGGCUUGCAGCUGACAUUGGCAGAACAGACUCCCGGCAAUUCAGAGGCAUCUGCCAUUUCCUCCGCACCAUCUACAAGAAAGAUGGCAUUCGAGGUAUCUACCGAGGCCUACCUGCAUCAGUUCAUGGAAUGAUCGUCCACCGCGGCCUAUACUUUGGUGGUUUCGAUACGGCUAAAGAUUUGCUUCUUCCGCAAGAUUCUGCGUUGUGGAAGCGAUGGGUGACAGCACAAGCUGUAACGACCAUGGCAGGGCUGGCAUCCUAUCCACUGGAUACGGUACGGAGGAGGAUGAUGAUGCAGUCUGGAUUGGAGGAACAAAUGUAUCACGGUACACUGGAUUGCUGGAGGAAGAUUUAUAGGUUGGAGGGGCUAACUUCCUUCUACCGAGGAGCAGUAUCUAACAUGUUUAGGAGCACCGGAGCAGCUGCUAUAUUGGUUUUGUACGAUGAGAUUAAGAAGUUCAUGGAAUGGGGUUUCUAGUAUCGGCAUAAAGAAGAUGAUGAAAUAUUGUGCCAAGCUGUGGUAUCAGCGGACAGCAGUAGAAAGAAUGUUGCACCGACGAGGGCAUAUAACAUGUGGCAACAUGUUGUGGGGAUCCAAUGGAAAAAGGAAGAAAGAGUGGAGGACACAAUGGAAUGGUUUCUCCUGCAAGAGAGCUAAGCUACUCGUAAGGGGUAACCUUGAUAACAUUGCAUGCCCUCGCUUCCCUGUGCGAGAUUAAACCGUUCAACAUUUCUCGUCUGGACACCGCGCGUGAGAGAAUAGCAGCACCGAAGUCGACGGAUUUUGACUCGCCCAAAAAAUAAUAAUUUUCUGGCCAAUUUGCAAUCCGCGAUAAGUAAAAGCUAUCUAAUUCCAAAAAUUAAGGUGGGAACAC